CCCUGGCCACUCGAGCACUCGAUCGCGCUCCCUUUUUAUUUCGCGGGGAGGGGAGGAACGCAGCGGCGAACUCGCAGGCGCGUAGUCAGACACUCAGACAUCACACACACAACACACAAGUCAAGCUCAGGUGCCACCGACACCUCCCGCGAUCAGAAAAUGGCAGGUGCUCGGCGCGUCGCUCUCCUCUGCUUCCUGGUCUCCUGCAUUGCGUCCGCGGCGCGCACCACCGAUGCCCGCGGACCAGACCGGAAGGACCUCGGCGUCAGCAUCGGCAACGGCGGCGGCGGGGUCAGCAUCGGGAUCGGCGGCAGCGGCUGGCCGAAGCCGAUGCCACCCCCUCCGAAGCCGAAGCCAUGGGAGCCGCGGCGUUGCGACUUCGAGAACGAGCGUCUCUACAGGGCGUACCUGGUGAUCCAGAAGUUCAAGAAGACGGUGAUCUGCGACCCGCAGAACAUCGCCGGCAGCUGGUCCGGCACCGACAUCUGCGGCACCAGCUCCUACAAGGGCUUCUACUGCGACCGGCCGUACAAGGUCACCGACCGCACCGUCGCGUCCGUCGACUUCAACGGCUACGGCCUGCAGGCCGACUCCGUGCAGGGCUUCGUGGACGGGCUCCCGGACCUGGCCCUGUUCCACGCCAACUCCAACAACUUCGGCGGCGCCGUGCCCAACCUCAAGUCGCUGCAGUACUUCUACGAGCUGGACCUCAGCAACAACAAGCUCGCGCCAGCCGCGUUCCCGUUGGAGGUGCUGGCGAUCACGAACGCGACGUUCAUCGACAUCCGGUUCAACAGCUUCUACGGCGAGCUCCCCGCGGGGCUCUUCUCCUCGUUCCCGGUGAUCGAGGCCAUCUUCGUCAACAACAACCAGUUCUCGGGCCCGCUCCCGGACAACCUCGGGGACUCGCCGGUCAACUACCUCUCGCUCGCCAACAACAAGUUCACGGGACCGAUCCCGGCGUCCAUCGCGCGCGCCGGGGACACGCUCCUGGAGGUGCUGUUCCUCAACAACAGGCUCAGCGGCUGCAUCCCCUACGAGCUGGGCUUGCUGGGCAAGGCCACGGUGAUCGACGCCGGGACGAACAUGCUCACGGGCACCAUCCCGGCGUCCUACGCGUGCCUGCGGAGCGUGGAGCAGCUCAACCUGGCCGACAACCUGCUCUACGGCGUGGUGCCGGACGCGCUCUGCCAGCUCGCGUCUUCUGGAGGGCGCCUGGUGAACCUCACGCUCUCGGGAAACUACUUCACCUGGCUCGGGGCCUGCUGCUGGGACCUGAUCAACGAAGGGAAGCUCAACGUGGACCGGAACUGCAUCCCGUGGGCGCCCAACCAGAGGUCGCACGAGGAGUGCGCCAGGUUCUUCUUCCGCAAGAUCGAGUCCCACGCUACUUGCCCCAUCAGCGUCCACGCGCCGUGCGAAUCCUCCGGCUGGGGCUACGAUGCCGACGAGCAGGCCGACGCGGCGGCGGAGGAGAACAAGUACCGGACCUACUCGGCUCUGCAACCGUGAGCUAGGCCCGGGUGGCCGCGUCGGCUGGUGAAAAGAGGGAAGAUAGAAAAGCACUGUGCGUCUCGUGAGUGUACUAGGCGACGCGGCGCUGCUUGCCUUUUGGCUCGUUGCGACGGUUGGUUUUGUGUUGAUCGAUGUGUUGUCGUGUGUACUUUUUCUGGUUAUCAAUUAUCAUGUUCACUUUCUCA